GCCUCGCCUUCCCGGUAUAGCUCCCAUUUUCCCAAGUCCUUCCAAGCUCCCACCGCAGCCCUCAGCUCUCCGCCGGCUCCAGGUCCACAUCCGCACUCAUUCCCGUCAUGAAUUCCCUGUGGACAUGUUUGCUUAUGUUCAGCCUUCGGCUUUUAUUAACGAUCGCAUUGAAAGUGGAUUCAAACUAUCACACAAGUCCAGGAGAAAGUGAUGAAGUUGACUACAUGGACCCAUGCAAAGCUGCUGCUUUUCUAGGGGACAUAGCCUUAGAUGAGGAGGACUUGCGCUUUCUUAAAGCGAACUAUAUGGAUGCUACAGAGAGCGACUCUUCUAAGUUCCCUAUACCUGAUUCAGCAAACAGAUCCUCAGCUAAUAGCAGUGCAAAGGACCCAGUUUUGGCCAAUCGAAGCCUUUUACGCAAAAGGAGAGCAGCCACAGCCAGACCUGAGAGAGUUUGGCCGGAUGGAAUAAUACCCUAUAUUAUUAGUGGCAACUUUAGCGGCAGCCAGCGAGCCAUUUUCAAGCAAGCCAUGCGUCACUGGGAGAAACACACUUGCGUGACCUUCAAGGAAAGGAGCACGGAGGAGAGUUACAUCGUCUUUACCAUCCGGUCAUGUGGGUGCUGCUCAUUUGUCGGGCGGAGGGGUGGAGGUGCACAGGCCAUAUCUAUCGGGAAGAACUGCGACAAGUUUGGCAUCGUGGUGCAUGAACUCGGACAUGUCAUUGGAUUCUGGCACGAGCACACACGACCUGACCGGGAUGAACAUGUUAAUAUAUUUCGAGAAAACAUCCAGCCAGGUCAGGAGUACAAUUUCGAAAAGAUGGAGCCAGAUGAUGUGGACUCGCUCGGGGAGGUUUACGACUUUAACAGUAUCAUGCAUUACGCCAGAAACACCUUUUCCAGAGGCACCUAUCUUGACACCAUGCUGCCAAGGUACGAGGUUGAUGGAGUCCGACCUCCCAUCGGACAGCGGACGAGACUGAGCAAAGGGGACAUCGCUCAAGCAAGAAAAUUAUACAAGUGUCCAAGAUGUGGUGAGAGCCUUCAGGACAGCACUGGAAACUUCUCCUCCCCUGGGUUCCCUAACGGAUACGCUGCAUAUAUUCACUGUAUAUGGAGGAUAUCGGUCACGCCUGGGGAAAAGAUCAUUCUUAAUUUUACCUCAAUGGAUCUGUACAGAAGUCACUUGUGCUGGUACGACCAUGUGGAGAUCCGUGAUGGAUUCUGGAGAAAAGCACCUUUGAAAGGCCGUUAUUGUGGAGACCAGCUACCCGAGGCCAUCGUCUCCACUGAGAGUCGACUGUGGAUUGAAUUCCGCAGCAGCAGUAAUUGGGUGGGGAAAGGUUUCUCUGCUGUUUAUGAAGCUAUUUGCGGAGGUGAAGUGAGAAGAGACAGUGGACAGAUCGAGUCACCCAAUUACCCUGACGACUAUCGGCCUAAUAAAGUUUGCACAUGGAAGAUCAUCGUAUCCCAGGGGUUUCAUGUGGGCCUCAUCUUCCAGUCGUUUGAGAUUGAGAAACAUGACAACUGUGCAUAUGACUUCCUGGAAGUGCGAGACGGUGAUUCUGAGAGCAGUCCUCUACUGGGCCGUUUCUGCGGAUACGAAAAGCCAGAUGAUGUCAAAAGCAGCUCCAACCAGCUGUGGAUGAAGUUUGUAUCUGAUGGUUCUGUGAACAAAGCUGGAUUUGCAGCUAAUUUCUUUAAAGAGAUUGACGAAUGCUCCAGGCCUGAUAAAGGUCAUUGUGAGCAGCGCUGUGUCAACACCCUGGGCAGCUACCACUGCGCCUGCGACCCUGGUUACGAGCUCGCCCCGGACCGCCGAAGCUGCGCAGCAGCAGCCUGUGGAGGAUUCAUCUCCAAACUCAACGGCUCCUUCACUAGUCCAGGAUGGCCGCAGGAAUACCCGCCCAACAAGAACUGUGUGUGGCAGCUCAUUGCACCUGUGCAGUACCGCAUCACGCUGCUUUUUGACACUUUUGAGACCGAGGGGAACGAUGUUUGUAAAUAUGAUUAUGUUGAGGUACACAGUGGUUUGUCCACUGACGCCAAGCUUCAUGGGAAGUUCUGUGGCACAGAGAAACCGGAGGCGAUCACGUCCCAGCUCAACAGUAUGCGUGUCGAGUUCAAAUCAGACAACACUGUGUCCAAGAGAGGCUUCAAAGCUCAGUUCUUUUCUGACAUGGAUGAGUGUUCUAGGGAGAAUGGAGGUUGCCAGCAUGAGUGUGUUAACACGUUUGGGAGCUACAGCUGUCAGUGUCGCAGCGGCUUUGUGUUGCACACCAAUAAACAUGACUGCAAAGAAGUGGGCUGUGAUCAAGCAAUUACCAGUGUGUCCGGCAUCAUCACAAGUCCAAACUGGCCUGAUAAAUACCCCAGCAAGAAGGCCUGCACGUGGACCCUAUCCACCACCCCAGGCCACCGCAUUAAACUUGCUUUUGAAGAGAUUGACAUGGAGGCUCAUCAGGAGUGUACAUACGACCACUUGGAGAUAUAUGAUGGCCAAAAUGGCAGAGCGACCAGUUUUGGACGCUUUUGUGGGGGCAAAAAGCCAUCGCCGGUCAUUUCCAGUGGUAACGCUAUGUUCCUGCGGUUCUCCUCGGAUAACUCGGUACAGAAAAGGGGUUUUAAGGUCUCUCAUUCAGCAGAGUGUGGCGGUAGUCUGAAGGCGGAGAUAAAGACCAAGGAUCUGUAUUCCCACGCUCAGUUUGGUGACAACAACUAUCCCGGAGCUUCAGACUGCCAGUGGGUGAUCUCAGCGGAGAAGGGCUAUGGGGUGGAGCUCAUCUUCCACACCUUUGAGAUUGAGGAGGAAGCUGACUGUGGCUAUGAUUACAUGGAGCUGUUUGAUGGCGCUGAUGUCAAAGCGCCCAGACUGGGACGCUACUGUGGGUCUGGGCCACCAGAGGAGAUCUAUUCAGCUGGUGAUGCCAUUGUCAUCAAAUUUCACUCGGACGACACCAUCAACAAGAAAGGUUUCCAUGUUCGGUACACAAGCACCAAGUUCCAGGACACCCUGCACUCUAGUAAGUAAGUUCUUCAUGACAGAAGAGCUCCUGUGCACCUGUAUUGUUGAAGCCCCCCUUGGCCUCUUGCUCCCUCCCCUCCAGAAUGCAAAGAGGAAGUCCUAAUGGUGCCAUCCCCAUAUGUAGCCUUUCAGCUAUAAAAAGCAGAGAUGACAAUCUUGAUGUAGGGAUAUGGCAAAAAGAAAUUGUCGUAUUUCAAAGGAUCCAUUGAAAACUCUAUUGGAAAUGGAACAUCAGACUGGCAGAUGUUAUUAGUAUGAAGAGCUUUGUUGACAACAAGUCAAGGAGGAAGGAUGAAUUGGAUUCAAAAUGUCCCUGAUGCACUUUAGCCUCCCAGAGAUCUCUUCCAUUCCUCGAAGGCUAGCAUCUUAAAGACUUUUAGAUGUUUCUUUUAUUAUAAAAAUA